AUGCCUUCCGAACUCUGGUACGUCAACAAUAGCCCCGUGUUGCCCCCGUUCCAACGACAGCUCCCUAUCCAUCAGCUGGAGCUCCCAACUCCAUCCAUCUCGAGACCCAACGCUUCCAUCCAGCUUCCCCCGUCUACGCGGUUCGUCAUCCCUCCCUUCUUCGGUGCCAUGGGCUGCACCGUCGCCAUCGUCUUCACCUGCUUGGGUGCCUCCUACGGUACCGCGAAGUCUGGUGUCGGUAUCUCGGCUAUGGGUGUCCUCCGCCCUGACCUGAUCGUCAAGAACAUUGUUCCCGUCAUUAUGGCUGGUAUCAUUGCUAUUUACGGUCUCGUCGUGUCUGUGCUUAUCUCCGACGGCCUUGCGCAGGAGAUGUCUCUCUACACUGGUUUCAUCCAGUUCGGUGCUGGUCUCUCUGUCGGUCUGGCCGGUCUUGCUGCCGGUUUCGCCAUCGGUAUCGUCGGUGACGCUGGUGUCCGUGGAACUGCUCAACAGCCCCGUCUCUUCGUCGGCAUGAUUCUGAUUCUCAUUUUCGCCGAAGUCUUGGGUCUCUACGGCUUGAUUGUUGCCCUUCUCAUGAACUCCAAGGCCAGCCAGGACGUCACCUGCUAA